AUGUCGUUCACAGAAUGGAUGGAUAAUUGGUUGUUAACUGCACCAGAUCCAUCACUGGUCCAAUUAUCGUUUUAUGUUAUAUGGCAUAUUUGGCUCUCAAGGAGCAAGGUCGCUUGGGAGAAUGUUAAGGACAAGCCAGAAAUUACGUGGAAUAAGGCCAAAGAAGAAUAUCAGCAAUACUUGUGCAUGCUAUCGAUGGAUAAUCAGGGGAGUCUAAAUUCAACUUAUGAUGGGGAGAGUUCGGAACCAGACCAACUCAUGUUGGAGGAAGGACUACAUUUGAUCUAUAUUGAUGGCGCUUUUCGUGCAGCGAGUAAAAGGGGUGCUGCAGCUUGGGAAUUAUGGGAUUGGAAGGGUAGGCUGAUCCGCAAAAAACAAUUUGUCUUCCCUUCUGUAUCGGCUGUCCAGUCAGAAUGUCUUGCUUAUCUAUAUGCACUUGUGGAAGCUAUUUCACUUAGAAUCACUAUGUGUGAGGUGAAGACAGAUUGCCAGGCACUCUUGGGUGUGGGACGUGAGCUUGCUGACUUGCCAAUAGAGGUCAUAAUUAUUGCUAGGGAUAUAAGGUUUGUUUUAAGUCACUUUAAGAGAUGGAUGGAGGCAACUGGUGGAAUGGUCGCUGGAUCCCAUCAGAGGAAUCAGUUGGUUCGGAUUCGCCAUGAUUCUGAUAGUGCGCCAAAGCCACAGAAGAAUUUGAAUGGCCAAAUCUGCCAGAUUUGUGGGGACGGCGUUGGACUCACUGCUGAUGGUGACGUGUUUGUUGCCUGUAACGAAUGUGGUUUUCCAGUUUGCCGUCCUUGUUAUGAGUACGAGCGGAAAGAUGGAAACCAGUCGUGUCCCCAAUGCAAGACCAGAUAUAGGAGACACAAAGGGAGUCCGCGAGUUGAUGGAGAUGAUGACGAGGAGGAGGUUGAUGACCUCGACAACGAGUUCAAUUAUGGCCAAGGGACUAGCAAGGCCAGACGCCAAUGGCAGGGAGAAGAUGCUGAACUGUCCUCAUCCUCUAGGCAUGAAUCUCUGCGACCUAUCCCCCUCCUCACAAAUGGCCUGCCGGUAACGAUAAUGUGCAUCGCUCCUACUGAAACUCACUCUGUCAGAAGUACAUCUGGACCUUUAGGCCCUGGAGAGAAGGCUCUUCCCUAUUUGGAUCCCAGACAACCAGUUCCUGUGAGGAUUGUGGAUCCAUCAAAGGACUUAAAUUCUUAUGGGCUUGGGAAUGUCGACUGGAAGGAAAGGGUAGAAGGGUGGAAACUUAAACAGGAGAAGAAUAUAGUGCAGAUGACUAACAGAUACCCUGAUGGGAGAGGAGACAUUGAAGGUACAGGAUCAAAUGGAGAAGAGUUACAAAUGGCUGAUGCUCGACAACCAAUGAGCCGAGUAGUGCCGAUCCCAUCAUCUCAGAUGACACCUUAUCGUGUGGUUAUCAUACUUCGGCUGAUCAUCUUGGGGUUUUUCUUGCAAUACCGGUGCACUCAUCCCGUGAAUGAUGCUUAUCCUCUGUGGCUGACUUCAGUUAUUUGUGAGAUUUGGUUUGCAUUAUCCUGGCUUCUGGAUCAAUUUCCAAAAUGGUAUCCUGUUAACCGCGAGACCUUCCUUGAUAGGCUUGCAAUGAGAUAUGAUAGGGAAGGGGAGCCUUCGCAAUUAGCCCCUGUGGAUGUGUUUGUCAGUACUGUGGACCCCAUGAAAGAGCCUCCUUUGAUUACCGCAAACACCGUGUUAUCCAUCCUUGCUGUGGAUUACCCUGUCGAUAAAGUAUCCUGUUAUGUGUCAGACGAUGGUUCAGCUAUGCUGACAUUUGAAGCUCUCACUGAGACAGCUGAAUUUGCAAGGAAGUGGGUACCUUUUUGCAAAAAGCACAGUAUCGAACCAAGAGCUCCUGAAUUCUACUUCGCUCAGAAGAUAGAUUACCUAAAGGACAAGAUCCAGCCCUCUUUUGUCAAAGAACGCCGGGCAAUGAAGAGGGAGUAUGAAGAAUUUAAAGUGCGUAUUAAUGCACUUGUUGCAAAGGCACAAAAGAUGCCUGAAGAAGGUUGGACAAUGCAAGAUGGAACUCCUUGGCCGGGGAAUAAUCCUAGAGAUCAUCCUGGAAUGAUCCAGGUGUUUUUGGGGCAUAGUGGAGGCCUUGAUACUGAUGGUAAUGAGCUUCCUCGUCUGGUUUAUGUUUCUCGUGAGAAGCGUCCUGGAUUCCAGCACCACAAGAAAGCAGGAGCUAUGAAUGCUUUGAUUCGUGUCUCCGCUGUCCUCACAAAUGGAGCAUUUCUCUUGAAUGUCGAUUGUGAUCACUAUUUCAACAAUAGCAAAGCUCUGAAGGAAGCUAUGUGCUUUCUGAUGGAUCCUGUCCUUGGAAAGAAAGUCUGCUAUGUUCAGUUUCCACAGCGUUUUGAUGGCAUUGACUUGCACGAUCGAUAUGCUAACCGAAACAUUGUUUUCUUUGAUAUAAACUUGAAAGGGUUGGAUGGUAUUCAAGGUCCAGUCUACGUGGGGACGGGAUGUUGUUUCAACAGGCAGGCUUUAUAUGGGUAUGAUCCGGUAUUGACUGAGGAAGAUUUGGAACCAAACAUUAUUGUCAAGAGCUGUUGUGGUUCAAGGAAGAAAGGAAAGAGUAACAAGAAGAGUUACAUAGAUAAAAAGAGAGCAGUUCAAAGGACUGAGUCUACAGUUCCAAUCUUCAAUAUGGAGGACAUUGAAGAGGGUGUUGAAGGAUAUGAUGACGAGAGGUCUCUUCUUAUGUCUCAGAAGAGCUUGGAGAAACGGUUUGGCCAAUCUGCAGUUUUCAUUUCUGCUACCUUUAUGGAAAUGGGAGGCAUCCCACCAACAACUAAUUCAGCCACUCUUUUGAAAGAAGCUAUCCAUGUCAUUAGUUGUGGCUAUGAAGACAAAACAGAAUGGGGUAAAGAGAUUGGAUGGAUUUAUGGUUCGGUCACAGAAGAUAUUUUGACUGGCUUCAAGAUGCAUGCUCGUGGAUGGAUUUCAAUUUAUUGUAUGCCGCCUCGACCAGCAUUCAAGGGUUCUGCUCCCAUCAAUCUUUCAGAUCGUCUGAAUCAGGUUCUUCGAUGGGCCUUAGGUUCCAUUGAAAUUUUCCUGAGCAGGCAUUGUCCGAUAUGGUAUGGCUAUAGUGGAAGACUCAGGCUUUUGGAGAGACUGGCCUACAUCAAUACAAUCGUCUAUCCGCUAACAUCUAUUCCAUUGCUGGCUUAUUGUGUUCUUCCAGCCAUUUGUCUUCUCACCAAUAAAUUCAUUAUUCCUGAGAUAAGUAACUAUGCUGGCAUUUGGUUUAUUCUUCUCUUUAUAUCCAUUUUUGCUACCGGAAUUCUGGAGCUGAGGUGGAGCGGUGUGAGUAUCGAGGAUUGGUGGAGAAAUGAGCAGUUUUGGGUCAUUGGUGGUACAUCUGCCCAUCUUUUUGCCGUCUUCCAAGGUCUUUUGAAAGUGCUUGCUGGGAUUGAUACCAACUUCACUGUUACUUCAAAGGCAUCCGAUGAAGAUGGAGAUUUCGCGGAACUUUAUGUCUUCAAGUGGACAUCCCUCCUCAUUCCUCCCACCACUGUCCUCAUUCUCAACUUGGUGGGUAUUGUGGCUGGAGUUUCAUAUGCCAUAAACAGUGGAUAUCAGUCAUGGGGUCCGCUAUUCGGUAAACUGUUUUUCUCGAUUUGGGUGAUUGUUCACUUGUAUCCCUUCCUCAAGGGUUUGCUCGGCAGGCAAAACCGCACACCUACUAUUGUCAUUGUCUGGUCUAUCCUCUUGGCAUCGAUAUUUUCCCUGCUUUGGGUGCGAAUCGACCCCUUCACAUCGGCUGCCACAAAAGCUGCAGCGAACGGUCAAUGUGGAAUCAACUGCUAA